CUUGUCUCCGCAAGCCACUCACAGGUGAUCGAGUUAUUCACCACCCUAGGACUUUGUUCUAUCUCUCGCACUCCACCGUCAGGCUUACGGUUUGCGAGCCAUAUCAAUCUCCGGAUGGCUUUUACCAGAAUGAUACCCUGUCGCCGUCGGCUAAGCCUGAAUGAUUGAACGAGCCUCUCUAAUCGACACUUGGAAUCAACACCACCUCCACGAGUCUGGAGUACGUUUGCCGUGCAACGACGAACCACGCCUUUCGGGGACCAACUAGGGGCUGCCCGUUGGCCACUAUCUUGAGUGCCUUCGCUCUAUCAGAUGCUCCUGUGUCUGCGUCGCGCAGCAACCUAGCUCACUAUCACCGUGUCGUUGACCUGUUGUCACUCUCGACAAUUGACUACUUCUAUAUCCAUCUUCCUUGACCCUCUUUCGUCCUCGAGACUUCUCCGUUCCCAACGCACGCGACACUCUGAAGGUGAAGACCAACACCAGGCUCCACAGGUUUCUGCCCCAGGUGGUCUCACAUCCCGCAACCCUACUCCGCUUUACAGCAACCUCCUUCUGAAAGUCUAUUUGUCAAGGCGCAACGCCUGCGAUCUCUUUUACCUCACCAUCCGCAAUUGAGAUUUGCUCUACCUUCCUCCUCUAUCUUACUGAAGAAUGUCUGAACCCACAAGUGAGAAGAUGGCAACAACGAGUGCUGGCUCGGAUACUCCGGCACCUGAGAUCAUGGGUGCUGAAGCAAGACCGCAUGGCAAAGCUUGGAUGUACCGUACUUUCAAGAUCGGCCCGGUCACUAUACCUGCAUACGCGACACCGCAGUUCCAGAUCGUGUUUAUUGCCCUGGUCUGUUUCCUGUGUCCCGGCAUGUACAACGCAGUCAACGGCUUGGGGGCGGCUGGCCAAGUGAGUGCGCACGAUAUCAACAAUGCCAACACUGCUGUCUAUGCAACCUUCUCUGUCGUCGGCUUUUUCGCGGGCACCAUUGCCAACACCAUCGGUCUUCGUCUGACCCUUGGUAUCGGAGGUUUCGGGUACUGUCUCUACAUUUCUGCGAUCCUCUGCUACAACCAUACUCAAAAUGCGGGUUUCCUCAUCUUUUCUGGUGCAGUUCUCGGUGUCUGUGCUGGUCUGCUCUGGACUGCCCAAGGCUCCGUCAUGCUGUCGUACCCUCCGGAGAAGUCGAAGGGCAGAUAUAUUGCCGUCUUCUGGGGUAUCUUCAACCUUGGAGCUGUGAUCGGCGGCUUGAUCCCACUGGGUCAGAGCAUCCACAACAAGAGCAAUAAAGUCGCGGAUGGAACCUACAUUGCCUUCAUAGUACUGAUGGUAGCUGGUUUCAUUCUGUCAGGCUUCCUCUGCGACCCAAAGCUUGUCGAGCGAUCUGACGGCUCUCGAGUCAUCAUGAUGAAGAACCCCACCUGGAAGUCGGAACUCCUCGGUCUCUGGCAAACCCUGUUCAGCGACUGGUACAUUAUUUUCCUCUUUCCGCUGUUCUUCGCCAGCAACUGGUUCUAUACCUACCAUUUCCAAGAUGUCAAUCUGCCAAAGUUCAACAUCCGCACUCGCGCCCUCAAUAGCGUCUUGUACUAUUUCUUCCAGAUUGUCGGAUCGUUCAUCUUUGGCUUUGCCCUCGACAGUACCCGUUUCAGCCGCAGGACUCGCGCCAGAGGUGUCAUGGUCGUCCUCUUCGUCCUCACCUUUGUCAUCUGGGGUGGUGGCUACGAUUUCCAGAAGACCUACAACCGUGCGGAAACAACUGCCCCCGAUUAUGUCAAGCUUGAUUGGACUGACUCGGGCUACAUUGGCCCAAUGUUCUUGUUCAUCUUCUACGGCAUGUACGACUCCGUGUGGCAAACCACCGCAUACUGGCUCAUGGGAUCCCUGACCAACAACGGCCGGAAGCUCGCCAAUUUUGCCGGCUUCUACAAGGGCAUUCAAUCCGCCGGUGGUGCCAUCUCACCACAACUCGAUGCCAACUAUGUUUCAUUCAUGGCCCAAUUCGCCACCAACUGGGGUCUGUUGGCCGGCUCUCUCCUCAUUGCCGCUCCCGUCAUCUGGAUCAAGGUCAAGGACACCACCGAUAUCGAGGAGGAUUUGAAAUUCAGCGACGAGACGGUUGCCGACGUGGCACCUGCGAGUGCAAUCGUUGGCCCCGAAGGUAUGAUGGCCGAAAAGCACUGAGGGCCAAGACAAAUGGUCACGACCCUAUCGACGUGCCAUCUGCCAGCUGGGUCCCCCUAUGUGGUAGGCCUCAAAAGGCGAGAUUACUGCUGCCGGGACACCCUACGGAGUAUUUGUCAAGGUUGAUUAGGUGCGGGGGUGUUCCAAGGCUCAGGGUAUGAUCUCUCGCUCCUCUUGUUUUUAGCGGCGAUUAUCUCCCCCGGUGUAUGGAUCACAUGCAUGUGGCGUUGUGUGUGUCACAUAGGCGAGAACUCCCUCGUUCAAAUCGAUCAGCGAACAGAAUGAUACCUCGUACGUAGUUACCUCCAAGCGCACCUUACGUAGCCCUUGGUGCUAAUGCAAUGUCUAAACAACCCUUU